UUAUCAGAAUGAUCCUCCGAGUCGUUCAUGCCGUUCGGAUAAGAAUGGGGCCGAUGGCCUGCAUGGAAAUGCGAAAUACGUACUGCAAAAAACCAGAAAAGGGUCUCAAGGAUGUGGCAGAUGAGGAUGUACAUGAAGAGAUAACCGAGGAGUCAGAGAAAGCCGAAAAACACGCAAAGAAAAUCGCUAAAGUCAAUAAGAAACUCGAACAAUCCGGUGGGGAUACUGGACAUCCUCUCGAGAGGGUAUACCCUAGUGGAGAUGCUCACAAAACAGACGAUAAUUCUUUGGAAAAGAUGCAGAAGAAGGUGGAUCAUGUCAAGAAGGAGACGAAGAAGGUCGAAAACGUCAAAGGAACGGUUGGUCAAGUGUUGCACCAUGAAUCUAGUCACACCAAAUCGGAAUCAGGGUCAAGCGUGUGAUGCGACUGUCGCAAGGGGG